AUGGCUCAGAGCAGUCCUGUUUCCCAUUUACGUGAAAGCAUUAGAGCUACCAAGAAAGAUGGCUUUGUUAUUGUGAAGAUCUGGUUCCAGAACCGCCGAACCAAGUGGAAGAAGCAGGACGGAAUCACGAACGCCGAGGCGAUCGAGCACAAGAACGCGGCCACCGGGAAGAACAAGAAGAUCGCACCGGCGGCGACGGCCUCGGUCGCCUCCGCUGGCGUCGCGCACUCGGCCGCCGGCGCCACCUCCUCCUCGUCGUCGUCGUCGUCCUCGUCCUCCUCCACAGCCUCGGAGAUGAAUAACAAGGGCGCGACGUCGGACGGGCCGCCGCAUCCUCUGCCUCCUCCCAGCGACGGCGGGAGCGCCCCCACCAGCCCCUCGCAGCUGAGCAACGUGGGCACGAGCGACCUCUCCAGCAGCGACGAGACUUCCCACGGAGGAGGCGGCGAAGGCGGCGGCGGCGGCGGCGGCCAUCUCAUGCGGCUGUCUCCGUUGUCCCACCACCAAGAUGCUGUCGCUGUUACUGCAAGGGACGCCCCAAGGGAUCUCUCCACCUCCACCCCCUCCAUCACCAACUCCGCCUCCACGUCCUUUAGCAGUAACAACACCAACAGUAGCGUCACUCCCAGCAAAGCCGAGGAUCAGCAUCAUGGCCACCACCACGCGUCGAGCACCACGACCUUCGAGGACCACAUAGUCAUCAAGGAGUUCGUCCCCAGCAACCUGGCUGCGGCGGCGGUAAGCUACAAGGGCGUCUCUGCUGCAGUCUCCACUACUCUGAAGUCUGCCACUACCUCCGCCUCCCUCGUGAAGUCCGUCGGCGAUCUCUCCCUCACAAAGACGUCCGUGGCGACCCCGCUGACCAAAACGCUGAGUGUGAGCACCACCGCAUCUCCGCCGCAGGCGCUGGUGCCGAGAGGUUCCCCCCCGCCCCCCAUGUCACACGCCCUUCUGAGCGUCACGGCCACGCCCUCGCCUGCCUCGGCCGCUGUGCAGAGAGCGGACAGAACCCUCGCCCUGGACACUACCAGUCAGAAGGACAUCAAAGCAAUAGAGAACGGCAAAAUGCGUAAUGACAGUGAGGAAGUGUCAUCUUGAUGAAGCUCAUUCCCUCACUGCUUGUGCUUCAGGUGGCUGAGAGUGGCGGUUUUUACUUAAGAAUUCCCCUUUUGGUGUCAUUCACUCUCAUCCAUGCAGCAGCGGGUCCUUGGCAAGGCCACCUUUUUCGAUCCCGCCUCGCGUCUCCUCGGCCGGCGCUCGGGGAGGCCGUGAGGGAGGUGUCGCGCUCAAAGGACCCGAGUGAAGGCUAGAGAGACGAAUUAAUCAUACGCUCAUUCACUCUUCGUGAGGAGAAAUGAGGAACUACCGAAUUAUAUGUGCUUCGAGUAAUUCUGCGAAGCUUCACAACUCACGUUUUCAAGUCAGUUUCAGUGAAUGGCGUCGGUUUGGUAGUGAAUGUUAAGAGAACAUUGGAAAAUGUAUGCCUCUCUGUAUGACCAUGCUCUUCGUCCAUUACACGUGUUCGAGGAGGUGACGGUGACUUUGGAGUAGCAGGAUCAUGACAUAUAUCCCGCUGUUUUUAGUCGAAAUGUUUCUUUUAGAAAGGGAAAUAAUUGUUCUCCUAAGUGCUCAAGCGCAAACACUCCAGGGCACUUGUGUUCAUGUGCAAUUAUUUGUAUUAAAAUUCACGCAAAGUAACGAAUGAAAUAGUUGGUUUCCAGAUUCUUAUUUAUUUAUUAUCAUGACGAUUAUUCAAUGUUAUAUACAAAUCGUCUCUUUUCGUGUAAUUUCAAAUGCAUUCUCUUAUUUGUGUGCCAUAAGACUGAAAAACAACACUGAACAGGCGAGAGAGAGAGAGAGAGAGAGAGAAAGAGAGAGAGAGAGAGAGAGAGAGAGAGAGAGAGAGAGAGAGAGAGAGAGAAGAG